CCCUCUCAGACUCUCUUUGAUCUCCGUGCAUUUAUUUCGGGUGUGAUAGGAGCAAAGCAUAAAGAACAGGAAAAUGGGCAUCCUCUCAAUCCGCAGUAGCUUCUGCUUCUUCGCUCUGGUUUUUGUUGCUCACGGUCUUCUGCUCACUCUCUCGACUGCUUCUGAAUCUGAAGUUGGUGAUGAGACUCCAUUCACUUAUAUUGAAGGAACUGGAAAAGGACCGAAAGAAUGGGGCCAGAUUGACCCGCAUUGGCGAGCAUGUAGCACUGGGAAAUUGCAGUCUCCGAUCGAUCUGCUCGAUGAGAGAGUGCAAGUCUUUCCGAAUUUGGGGAAGUUGAAAAGAGACUAUAAACCAGCUCCUGCCAUUGUGAGGAACAGGGGACAUGAUAUCACAGUAAUGUGGAAAGGAUAUGCAGGGCAGAUCAACAUAAAUGGGACUUACUACAAACUUCUACAGUGUCAUUGGCAUUCCCCCUCCGAGCACACGUUUAAUGGAUCAAAAUAUGACUUGGAGCUUCACGUGGUCCAUUUAAGCUCUCACGGAGAAAUAGCCGUGAUCGGGAUUGUCUACAAGUAUGGCCGACCCGACCCUUUCCUCACAAAGCUACUCGAACACAUAAAAGUAGUCAGGAAGGAAGACAGAGACUUGGGGGUCAUAAAUCCAGGGAUCAUCAAAUUCGGCAGCAGGAAAUACUUCAGAUACAUUGGUUCUCUCACGGUCCCUCCAUGCACCGAGGGUGUCGUGUGGACAAUAAUCAGGAAGGUGAGGACAGUCUCGAGGGAGCAAGUAGAAGCACUGAGAGAAGCUGUUCAUGAUGGAUAUGAAGCCAAUGCAAGGCCGACUCAGCGAUUAGAUAGAAGAGCGGUCUGGCUAUACACCCCAAGAGACAAUGGAGGUGCUGCUUAGGUCAAUGCCAGAAUUUGACCAAACAAAGCAUUUUCUCAGCUUCAAGACUGUCUUUUAUUACCUUACUACUUGAAUCAUUUGCGAUUCAAACAUACCGUUUCAUUUUGAUAAGUCGACAUAGAGACCAGGUGGGGAUGAAAACCACAAGGUGUGCUGUCAGUGUAAUAACCAAGUCAAAGUUCAAAUGGUCAAAGAGACAAUAAAUAAUAAAUAAAA